UUCUCGCAGUUUUGCUGACCAAAUCGCACGCACACCACCACGAGAGGGGCGAGAAAGAGGAGCUGUUGCAGUCCUGAUUAGUGGAAGUUGUGAUGAGCGAUGAGGCUUGUGAAUGGUGUAAGGUUGCGGCUCUCGCUGUUCGCGGUGGCGGUGCUGUUCUUGGGCGGUGUCGUUGAAGGAAGAGGAGGAGCUUUGAUGGCAGGUGGCGGUUCAGUUUCGGCUUCAGGUGUUGGAGACGUGAGAGCAGAUAGGGCAAGUCCUUUGGAUCGGAAGAGAAGGGUCCGUUCGGCUGUUUUCGAUGUUAAGAGAUUCGGCGCCCUCGCCGAUGGCCGGACCGACGACCGCAAGGCAUUUGAGGCAGCAUGGAAUGAGGCGUGCGGAUUGACCGGCAGAGUAAAUCUUCUGAUACCUAAAGGCACGUACUUGCUCGGCCCCGUAAGGUUCGCCGGUCCUUGUACCAACGUGUCCUCGCUAACGAUCAAAGUGCAGGGUCACCUGAAGGCUUCGACAAACUUGUCGCAGUACGGAUCGGAUGCCGGCUGGGUCGAGUUCGGAUGGGUUGAAGGGCUAAGUUUAACCGGAGGAGGACUGUUCGAUGGUCGAGGCGCAAAGGCGUGGCUGCACAACAACUGCCUCGUCGAUUUUGAUUGCAAGCUCCUUCCAACUAACAUAAAGUUUAUCUCCAUGAACAAGACCAGCGUCCGCGGCGUAACGUCCCUAAACAGCAAGUCCUUUCACAUUGCUCUGGUGGAGUGCGACGGCUUCAGAGGCAGCAAGAUCAGGAUUUCUGCACCAGCGGAUAGCCCGAACACGGAUGGCAUCCAUAUCGAGCGAAGCUCGGGGGUCUAUAUCUCCAAGUCCCGUAUCAGGACCGGCGACGACUGCAUUUCUAUCGGACAAGGCAAUUCUCUGGUCAGGAUAACAAAUAUCGACUGCGGACCGGGCCAUGGAAUCAGCGUGGGAAGUCUGGGAAGAUAUCGGCACGAAGGCAACGUGAGCGGAGUCUUGGUGCAAGACUGCAACAUGACUGGGACAGCCAAUGGCAUUCGGAUCAAGACGUGGCCCGACUCCCCCGACAGCAGCAUCGCCACCAACAUGACCUUUGAGAACAUAAGGAUGAACAACGUGACGAACCCGAUCAUCAUCGACCAGACCUACUGUCCGUUCGCCUCUUGCUCGUUCAAGGAACCGUCGCGGGUCAAGCUGAGCGACAUCUAUUUCAAGAACAUACGGGGGACUUCGUCGUCGCCGGUGGCGGUGGCGCUGGAAUGCAGCAGAGGGUUUCCAUGCCAGGACAUUUACCUCCAAGAUGUGCACUUGGAUCUCCUGGAUGGGAAGACACAGAGGAACGUGACUUCGUCAUGCAAGAACGUGAAAGCCAAGUACAUCGGCACUCAAAUCCCGCCGCCAUGUGCCUAGCGGUCCACCGAUCCGAGCCCAUCACAACCAUUAGAUCAUAUAUGGGAUCCGAGCCGCCCCUCACAUUGUAAAUCUCUAUAAAAUCGAUGUUUUGCAAUCAGACCCCUUUUUUUAAUUAUGUUUUUUCGAUAUAAAUGAAUGUUUUUUU